UAAUAACAACAUAAUUUGAUAUCUAAACAAUUCUCUCAUUUCUUCGAAGACUCUGAGAAGAGGCAAUCCUAACAAUUGAGAGUGAUGCAGAACAACCUAUCAGAUCUGGGUAUGCUACCAUUUUAUUUUGUCAAGAUUUGGCCAAAUGAUGUAGCUCCCAAAUCCAGAAUCAAAGAUGCAGUCAUGCUGUUUGAGCAAAUGGAUCAACCACAUUUUCAGACAUCUCAAAAGAUGAAAAGAAAAUUGUUUGAAUGGGAACAAGAGGUUUCAAGAUUGGAUGAACUGAACUGCUACCAUCAUGGAGUUCUGGAGAAAAUUCAAUUUCAGGAGAGCAUGCUGGAAAACUUGAAGCCGAAGCUACACAAUUUUUGUUCUGCUGAUGAAACACGCAAGUGGAGAACUACUAAAUCUGCAUGCACAACAGAACAAGGUGUUGAUAUCCAUAAGCUUAAUUUCUUGAUGCUUCACAAGACCAAAAAGUUAUGUGAAGAAAACAAGCUCUUAAGAGACAUGACAUAUCGACAGCCGAGAGAAGUUGCUGCUAUAUUACCCUUUCAAACUUACAAUGAAGAAACGAAAAACUCCACCGAAGCAGAAAGAAACUGCACUAAGAUCUCAAAACAAAGCAUCAGAAAGACAUUAAAGGGUGUAUGUGAUGAGUUAAUGGAGAUGAGGAAGGAAAAGAAGGCACUUGAAACCAAAAUGAAGAAAGCUGACAAAAAAUCAGGAGCAAUAAAACAAGGGAUAAGGUGUUUGGUGAAGCAGAGACACAGAAAGGAGGCAUAUUUCUGCAUACUUGACCAGAGAAGAAUUUAUGAUGAGGAAUGUUGGGUCCUCCAAUAUCGUAACUUGGAAUCUGUGCACAGUUGUAUGAUCUAUAUGGACAAGUCUUCUUCAAGGUGGACAGGAAGCUGCAGAAAUUGGAUAUUGAGCAACAACAUCAAUUGCUUGUGAUUUCUUUUCUUUUCUUUUCUUUUUUUGAUUGAUAUAUAAUAUGUAAGCAAAUGUUGGUCCCAUAGAGGCAAUCAAGUUGUUCAAGGAAAGGGAUUGGCAUAAUAAAGAUGUGUGAAGGUCAAAUAAAAAGAAUUAUUAAUUCAAAGGACUCGUGCGCUACGUAAAGUUCAAUUCUCUGAUAUUAAAUUCACUUCAGAUCAUAAAAUGCAGAAAGUUUUGAAUAGCUUAUAUCAGUUGUUGUUGUUGUUAUUAGACACAAACAAGUCUUCAUCAGUACUUGUUCGCCGAGACAAAAAACAUAGUUCAUAAAUAUUGAAGUUAGCUGCGUAUUAUAUUUUAAGUGAACAAAUAGUUAUUUUAAUAAUUAUCUAUAUUUUGAAAUUUAAAUAUUGAUCUGGUUCAUCUUUUUGAUCCGACUUCCUUGGCUUGAGGUGCAAGGCGUUGACUUGAGUUGGACAGUUAGCAUCUCAUGAAAUGCAUAUAAAAAUUCAGAACAUUGAGUGACAAUGAUAACACAAUUCAAGAUCCGCAACUGAGAAGAAAAACACAUCAAGAUCUCAAAGUGAUGAAGAAGCUGAGAAUUAACAGAGGCGUAAAGAUCUUGACGUUCUGCUUCCAUUUUGUUUCGCAACAAUUUGGCCAGAGGAUGCAAAGCCCCAGAACUUAAUUAAAGAGGCUAUCAAGAUGUUUGAGAAAAAAGACCAACAACAUCUUCAGAUAUCUGAAAAGAUCAGAGAAAAAGUGUGAUUUGUGUGUAGUUGGAACGGGAACGAGUGAUUGGAAGGUUGCAAGAUCUGAAGUACAAGCUGAGAAAAUUGAAUCUGAAGCUAGGCGACAUGGCUAAUGCUAGGAGAGCUCCAUCAGAAGAUGCGAACAGACAUGCUGUCUGUGAGUUAAUGGAGAAGAGGAAGGAAAAAAAGCAGACACUUGAGGCCGAAAUUAAGGAAGCUGAGAAGCAAUUUGAGGACAUAAAAGAAGAAAUAUGGUGUGACAUGGAGCAUUUGAAAGAGAAGCACCACAGAAACGAAGCUUCUGUCUGCAUUCUUGACCAGAAGAAAAUUCGUGGAAAGAAUCGCUGGUUCUUCCUUUUCUGUAACUUGGAAUCCAUACACACUGCUAUUACAUCUACCAACAUGUCUUCUGUUACCUUAUAGUUAGUUUUUAUCAGACUCAACUAUUUAUGACUCAUAUAUUCAUAUA